AUUAAGGUCAGAGAUGUACUAAACCACUGUAGGAAUUACGAUGCUGCCCAGAUCAGAUGCUGCUGGGACGGAAAAUGACAUAAACACCCAGUAAAACUUUUUCACAUAUAGACCUUGUUUUUCCCCCCCAUUUAAUGAAGGAAUCAUGAAAUCGCACCGAAUGACAGUUCAUUUUAGUUAUUCACAUCGUUUGUUAUUUGGAUUCUAAUUGCUGGUGGCCUUUACUUUCUAACUCCACAUGCACAGUUCGUGCUAGACCUCCAGCAGUCACGCGCACUGCAGUUUCGGCGUGGUGUCCGAGCGGCUCCGGAAGAUGCUGCAGUCCUGAUGGAAUAUUUAAACGGCAACAUUCUGCGUUUAUUUUCAAUCUAAUAACAGAUACCAGUUUGUUGACGAGGAAUGAGCCACACGAAUUCUAUGAGGUAUCGCGUCGCAGCGGUGUGAAUUGAAGAUUUUGUUCAAUGAUGCAGCGACAUUUCCUCCGCUCAGCUGCCUAUGGAGAGGGUUAAACCAUCAGUGCUGGAUUUAUAUGGCUUUGUGUUUCUUCCAAGUGUUUUUUACUUGUAAAUCUCUCUGAUCGUGUAACUGUUAAUAUUAAUAUGGAGGGUGACAUUCCAGACAUAUUAGAGCAGUUCAUGGGCAGCUCUCUUGUCACUUGGGUUAAGACAUUUGGUCAACUAGGUGACAAGGAGGGGAACAUGCUCUCUGAAUACACUGAAUUAGUGGAUGGAAUAUUCUUGAACAAGGUCAUGAAUCAAAUAAAUCCCAAAGGGGCUGUUCAAGGUUUUAACAAAGUGUACAAUGAUGUCGGCCAGAGAGCUCAAAACUUGUCUGUCCUCACUUACCACAUCAAAUCAUACUACCAGGAGACCCUGCAUCAGCUGAUUAUGAUGUCUCCUCCCAAUGUGCUGCUUCUGGGCAGGAAUCCGCACUGUGAGGAAGGCCUAGAAGAGAUCAAGAAGUUGCUGUUGCUGUUGCUUGGCUGUGCUGUGCAGUGCGAAAGAAAAGAGGAGUAUAUCGAGAAGAUACAAUGCCUUGAUUUUGACACAAAAGCAGCAAUCGCAGCUCAUAUCCAAGAGAUGACUCAUUGUCAGGAGAAUGUGUUUGAUCUGCAUUGGUUGGAGAUGGAGGAUGUGUGUCCGGAGGAAUGGGAAAAUCUCUGCAGAAGUAUGAACAUUAAUCUCAAAAUGUUAGUGGACCAGCGAGACCGGCAAUUUGAGGUCAUCGUGGAGCUGAUGCAGGGGAAAGAGACGAUGAAGCCUAUAGUGUUUGGUGAUGACUCUUCCCUCACAGAGUCCGCUAGCAGCCACCUCCCUUUAUCCCAGCAGCAUCUGUCACUAGAGCUGACGGACGCUAAAACCAAGAUCAAACGCCUCAGACAGGAGCUAGAGGAGAAAAGUGAACAGCUCUUAGACUCCAGGCAGGACUUGGACAGUUUGGAGGCGGAGAUUAAAAGACUCCAGCAAGAGAACAUGCAGCUGUUAACAGAUGCACGAGCAGCCAGGAUGUACCGUGACGAGCUGGACGCGAUGAAAGAGAGAGCCAUCAGAGCAGACAAACUGGAGAGCGAAGUGGCUCGCUACAGAGAUAAACUUCACAACAUGAACUUUUACAAAACCAAACUAGAGGAGCUUAAGGAGGAUAAUCAGGUGUUGAUGGAAAGUAAGGCCAUGCUGGAGGAACAGCUACAGAGCAUCAAAGCACGAUCUGACAAACUGCACCAUCUGGAGAAACACAACCUCCUGCUAGAGGCAAAACUUCAUGACAUUGAAGAGGAAAGAAAUGUGGACAGGAGACGAAUAGAGGAGCUGCUGGAAAGGAACAUCAUAUUGGAGCUCUCUCAGAAAAGAAGUAUGGAGGAAUCACAACGCUUGGGCUGGGAGUUAGAACUGGCCAAGGAUCCUCAACAGAAUUCAGGAACAGAGCUGAAGUCUUUGGGCCAGGAGGUAACUGAAAAUACACGUAGCAGAUUGCUGAAACUGGAGAAGGAGAACCAGAGGUUGUUGAAGUCCCUGGAAGAACUUCAAGGAACCAGUCGUCCAUUAAAUGAGUUCAUUUCUAAAUCUAAACAUAUUGAGGAACAGUGGAGGACUAGCAAUCAUUCCCUUGACACAGAAAAUCUGCAUGCAUCCAUGGAAAAUAAUAACAGCAAUCUACAUUGUCUUGAAGUAGAGAUCCAUGAAUUGGAGGUGAACAACCAGAGUCUUCAAGUCAAUGCAAAUCAAAACCAAGGUCAAGUAGAUAUAGAAAACAAAGGUCUAGUGCAUGAGAAUGGACAUUUGGAGCGAGACAGGAGUUGUCUGGAGAAGGACAAUCGGAGAUUGCUGCAGCAAGUGAAGAUCCAGGAGGCCUCGUUGGAUAGUAGCAGUUUGAAGUUGGCGGUUCUAGAGAAGGAGAACCGUACCCUGAUUAAAAAGACUACCUAUCUCAGUGAGGCCUCUGUCAAGAACAAAGAGCUAGAGAUGGAAAACCAGGAGCUGAUUCACCAGGCUGGAGUGGACAAGAGGAUGCUGGUGACAUUAAGAGAGGAGCUUCUGGACCAGAGGCUGAAAUUGCAACAGAAAGAAACUGAUCUUGAGAACUUGACUUAUGAGCUGGAGAGGAUAAAGUUAGACCAGGAGACACGAAUGGGAGAUCACGAGGCUGUAGACCAGGGGUAUCCAGACAUCCACUUAUAUACUCAAUCAAGCCCAAGUCAGUGUAAGCAGUUGGAGUCAGAGCUGGAGUCUUCUCUAAUGAAAUCCCUGAAGAUUAAAAAAGAGAGAAUGGCUGCCCUGGAGGCCCGUCUGCAGGAAUCGGCCAAGAUAAACCAGCAACUACGACAGGAUCUUAAAACUGUCAAACAGAACUAUGAGGCUUUGCUUCAAAGGGAGGAGGAGGAAAAGGCAGGACAAUGCUCUCCACCAGAGAGGCCAUGGCACAGAGAGAGUCAGGAGGCCACAUGGGCAUUGCUGAAGGUCAAAGAUCGACUCAUUGAGGUGGAGAGAAAUAAUGCAACAUUACAGGCUGAGAAACAGGCAUUGCAAACACAACUGGAGACCUUGAAGGCGCAGUCAGAUGGGUUGCAGGCACAAAUAAUUGCAUUGCAACAGCAGACGGCUUCCUUGCAGGAGAACAACACAGCACUGCAGACACACAAUGCACAGCUGCAGGUAGAGAAGUCAACUCUAUCGUUCCAGAAUUCGUCUCUGAUGGCUCAUAAUGAACGGCUUCAGCGGGAACGGCAGAGUUCUGAGGCUGAGAGGGAAGGUGUGGUACGAGAGAGGGAAGAUCUGCGCACCGUUAAUGAACUUCUUCUCCGGGACCAUGAGAGAUUGAGCGUCCUGCACGAGAGACAGGGAGCAGAGUUGGAGGUGCUGUCACACAGGUACUCAACAAUGGAGAACAGUCACCGAACCCUGGAGAUAGAGCACAGAUCACUGGAGGACAGGUAUAACACACUACUUCAACAGCGCGCUCAGCUGGAGGGGUUAGAGAGAGCUCUUAGAGAAGAACAGCUGAAGAUGCAGAAUGAAAUAUCCACGAACAGGAACACAACAGCAGAGUGCCAAAGACUCAGAGACGAGAAAGACUGGAUGAAUCAGACUUACCAGAAGCUGUUGGCAGAGAAUGAGGAACUUCAGGUCGAACAUAAGAGCAUGAAGAGCCAGUUGAACUCCAGCAAACUGGAACAGACACAGCUGGAGUCAGAGCUGUCCAAACUCAAAGAGCAGAACCAGCAGCUGGAGAUCGCCACUAUAAAACUGACCAACCAGUGUGAGUUGCUGACCCAACUGAAGGGGAACUUGGAGGAAGAGAACCGCCACUUGCUGGACCAGAUCCAGAGCCUGAUGCUGCAGAACCGGACCCUGCUAGAUCAGACUAUGGAGAACAAGGACCUGUUCCAUGUGGAACAGAGACAAUAUAUAGACAAACUGAAUGAACUCAGAAGGCAGAAGGAAAAGCUGGAGGAGAAAAUCAUGGAUCAGUACAAGUUCUAUGACCCAUCGCCUCCUCGCAGACGGGGCAACUGGAUAACGCUGAAGAUGAGGAAGUUGAUGAAGACUAGGGCUCGUGAUCAGGAGCACGUUUGUUCUCCAACUCCCCAGCUCCGCUCCGAGUCAUGCGAGGGUCUGGAUGACCUGCGCUGCCAUGACAACGGCUCCUUCGUGGGUUCCCAGGGCUCGGAGGAAUCUGCUCCCAACUCCCUUAAUGGUGACACCCUGUCCCCCAAGAGAAGCAGCAUCUGCGCCCUGAAAAAGUUUCAUGUUAAGCGUAACAAACCAAAGGAUAAAGACAAAGUCAAGUCUCUCUUCCGCCGAGCUCUGUCAAUGAAUGACCUGCUGCAGUCACAGAGAUGUUUGGAUGGGGACUCCGGGCAGCAGGAAGAGCAGCACACCAUUGCCAUUUCAAAAAAACACUCCUCAUCAUCAUCAUCAUCAUUUCAACCCUACUCUUCCAUAGACAAUCAUACAACAAUACAUAAUCAAGCUUGUAAAGAUUUCCAAGAAGACACAAUUCCACAAAGUCUUGCAAAUGGCACUGAAACCCAAGAUCAUGCAGGGCUGAAUGGCAAAUCGAGUCGUGCCCCGAGCGCGAGCAGUGGCGAAUUUAGCGUGAGCCUGGAGAACGAGGCCUGGUCCAGUGAUAGCAGCACCCUUCCAGAUCCAUUCCCGUCCAAUCGGCAACGAGUCAGUGACUCGCCUUCACCAGCUCGGCCCAACCACGAGGAGCUCAGGCAGGGUUACUGCUCCUCCGGGAGUGCGGUGCGGAGGUCCAGCAGUGGGAGAUCCACUGGAGAUCGUUCAGCACAGAAGCUGGACAAAGCAAACAUUGGACUUUAUAAAACUCAGAGCGUGCAAAGUACAGAGUCUGAUCCUAAAACUGCUCUCGAGACGCAAGGGAAGUCCUCCUCCGUAUCAGGGUGUUUGAACUGCUUUGCCACGCCAAUGCGAAGCCCCAAAUCAGGCCAGGCUCUUUCCGACCUACCCCGCGCCAGCUGUGUCAUCUCCACGUCAGAGGGCAACAGCCGCCGUGCCAGUGUCCUUAGCACUAUGUCAGUGGGAUCGGCGUCAAGUAAGAACGCUGCUGAUCCUCAUAUGAUUCAACCUGACCAAAGUGACGAGGUUUUAAAAGGAAGCCUUGUCUUGGAAGAGGAAGACCUCAAACCAGAGCACCUUUUUGAUUCAGAAUUCACCAUUGAUUCAGUCUUUACAAACACAAUUUUCAGUGAGUCAAGUACCAGCCCAGGUAACAAAAAUAUGGUCUAAGAACGUUUUGCCUUGAAAACGUCCUGACUGAAUGUUAAAAAAAAAAAAAAAAAACUUUUUAUGAACGUUAAGGAAACAUUCCAUUUUAUCAGUUUGAAAACAUUAUGGGCAAGUGCGGCAUUUGCGAAUCAAAGAAAUAGUCGUGGCUCCCACCCCCAGCUAAGCUAAAACAUUGUUUGCAAUGCAACCUCAACUACUGUAUAUCUGUUAUAUUUACAAUGUUAACUCAUAUUUCUCUCUUAAUAGUCUGUUUAUAAAGGCAUUCUGUCUCUUUAACCUAUUGUUACAAUCAUGACCGAAAACAAAAACAGCAUUCAAUCUUCUUCCCUUAGUCUCUGUGCUAAACUGAAAUGAUUUUAAAACCGCCAUUAGGUGGCGGCAAACUAGUCAGUCAAUUGAAUCAUUCAGUCAAACGAUUCGUUCAAAACGGCUGAUUCAUUCAGUUACAAAAAAAAUCGUUUCUGUGAGAUUGCUUAUAAAUAUUAAAAACAAGAACUUAUAGAGACUUUUUUGCACCAUAUCUUGGUUUAUGUACAUUUAUAACACUAUACUUUGUAUUAUAUUACCUUUGCAUCAAAUUACGAGAAACUAAUAGCGAUGCUGUGAGGGUAUUUCUAAUACAGCUUUGAGACUGAUGGUAAAAAUUAUCCUUCUCUCUUCUGAUCACCGUUAUUAACCCCCCCCCCCCCCCCUUUUUUUUUUUUUUUUUUUUUUUUUCCUUGUUUUGAAGGUUGUGAAAACACUAUAAUGGAGUUUUUCUUUUGCUAUUUGAGCAAAUAGAACACACACAACAAAUAUGUGUAAUAGUCUCAUUCACCGCUAUAGAAGUUUAGGCUACCCGGAAAUGUGACAAUCAAAACAAUCUUUUUCUUUGGACAAUCCUACAACUCUUGGUUUGGUUGACACUUAUAGGCCUAUUUAUUUUUUUCCUUCCUUAUUUUGUCUCUCUUUAUUUAUUUCUUUUUUUAAAUGUAUUUUGUAUUGUUUGCAUUUCAUGUGGUGAAUUAUUCUGUUCACUUUUUUCAAAUUACAAAUUUCAUGAAAGUAAAAUAAUAAUAAAAAAAGAAAUACAAGAGUCCAUCUGCAUGUAGCAUCAAAACUGCUGUGGCUCAUUUGUUCUGACUAGGCCUAUUGUAUACAGUCAUUUUUCCUAUCCUGCAGAAUUGUGUCUGUGUUUUGUUGUUUAUUUUUAGCAUCAAUGAACCUAGUAUUUGUUCAAACCAGUAAAUAUCUAAAGAGUAGGCUACCUAUCUUGCUUUUUAUCUAAUUUUUAUCGUGUUUUCCUUCUAAAUUAUUGCUCAUAUUGUGGUGCUUUGUGCUCAUGUUUCCUGCAUUUGUUUGCAGAAGUGAUUUAAAACAUAGCUACAAAGAUUGUAUGAUUGUUGAUUAAAUAAAAACAACUUUACUGUAA